AGUUGAAGCGCGUAGAUAACAUUAUCCUUCAUAAAAGAACAGAUGUCUGUCUCACCAAUUGUGAACCUGACCAAAAUUCUAUGAUUACCAAAAGUGGUCUUCUGCAAGAUUAUGCAAUCCCGACUUACUUACGCCAAAGUAUGCCUAUAGGUUUUAGAGGUUCUAUCUUUCUUUCUACUGUUCUUUUUUUGUGUGUGACUACACAGAGAAUAAGGGAGUGAAGAAAGGGAAGGAGAAUGAAGUUGAUGGAAGUACUAAAAUUACUUGUGGUGAUGACAAUGGUUAUGAGGGCGAUGGAAGCGCUAUGGAUAGAAAUGUCAAUUUCGGGGGUUAAGUGUGUCCAUGAGGAUCUCCGUAAUUACGUUGUUGUUUUGGCCAAGUACGCUGUCAUUAUUAGUGACAAUGAGCACACUCAACCUAAUUUUCUUUCUGAUAACACCCUUACGGUUUUAUCACCAUCUGGAAAGAGUCUCCACCAUGAAGAAAAUGUCACUCAUGGUCAAUUUGCUUUUACAACCACUGAGGCUGGACGCUAUGGGGCGUGCUUUUUGAUGAAUAGCCAUGCCCCAGAUAUUAAAGGUGUACAUAUUGGUAUUGACUGGAAAACUGGGAUUACUGCGAAGGAUUGGGAUUCAGUUGCACGAAAAGAAAAGAUAGAAGACUUCGAACCUAUGCUGAUGAAAUUGGAGGCAUCGGUGCAAACCAUCCAUGAAAAAUUAAUCUAUCUUAAAAAGAGGGAAGAAGAAAUGAGAGAAGUGAGUGAGAGAACCAAUGCAGCCGUGGAAUUGUUCAGUAUAAUGUCCCUUAGUAUCUGUAUAUUGGUUGCAUCUUUUCAAAUAUGGUAUUUGAAGCGCUUCUUUAGGAAGAAGAAGCUCAUAUAGUUUCUUUCUGCUUGUACCAUAGCUGAAAGAUGAGAUAACAAUGGCAAAAUUCUUUCCCUCUGUACCAUAAGAGCAUCUUCGUUGUUUUCGCUUGGCUUAUAUUGUUCCGUAGUUCUGAGAUUGAUUGGAGUUG